ACUAUUUCUUGAAUUUGUUUAAAGUCACCUAUAUCUGAUUAUAUCUAUAACCUUCGUGAAACUCUGGUGACAUUUGUGUAGAUUCGUGGUCAAUAUUUUACUAUAUCAUUCUGACUUGAUACAGUAUUUCAUCUCUCUGCGUGACCUGUACUAAGGUGACUUAAUAAAAACCGGGGACGUGUUUAGUGGAUUGUUAUUGAUAAGAUCUGAAGUAACUGAUCUCCAUUAUUAAGAAGAUCCGGCUAAAUCAUGCAGACAACUGUUUAUCUGCUGUGUCUUCAUGUACUGGUGUUGGUCGGAAGUGUACGUGGAAGUGAUUUCUGUAUUGACCAUGCCCCCACAGGUGCUGUAGAUGGAUGCAGUGUGCCUCUUCUUCAUUUUGAUUAUGAGGCACAAUUUACACCUUCCUGUAACAAACAUGAUGUCUGUUAUGAUUGUGGUCAUAGAUUCGGUUUUGACAGGAGUGACUGUGACAACAUGUUUUUAAACCACAUGUUAGCCACGUGUACGGGUAAGAAGCGCCUGGUCAGCUGUCAACAAUCCGCCGAUAUUUUCUACGCUGCUGUGCGAGUUGGUGCUUACUUCCAUUAUCACAGUACGGCACCAGCAUACUGUUCACAGUCCUGGAUCUCGCAGUGUUUACAAUAAAGAUAUUUCUUCAGAAAUUCAAA